UUUUUUUUCCAAAAAAGACCAGGCUCUAAUUCAAAACCCACCUCCGACCGACGCCACCCAUCCCAGACAGAGCGAUUUUUUUUUUGAAUUUGGUGUCUGCUUUGCUCUGCUCCUUGUAGCAGAAGAACGGCGAUAAAAAAAGUAAACUUUGACAUACUGCCGUUCGGCUUUGGCCUCUUCUUUUUGGAAAAAAGAUGGCGUCUUGGUGCGACCCUCGUCCUCUUCUGGGCCGCCUUUGACGCUACGAGUUGGGCCUCGCGUCUCUGUGUAGUCUUUUUCAGGAUUCUCCGGCGAGCUCCUCCGAUACCCCCAAAGGUCACGCGCUUCUUCUUCUUCUUCCCCUCCUCCCCCGACGAGCAACGUCUCCGAGUUUCAGGCACUCCGCUCGCGUCCUCCUCCUCCUCCUCCGUCAUGUUUGGUCUAUCUUGGAAAGUCGCGUGCUUUUGUUCGAAACGGCUCUUGGGUUAUCUGGGCCGGUGCAGAAGUUCCCUUUGGUUGGCUUUUAGUUAGAUUUGAGGAGAUGCAAGGCUGUUAGAAAUCGAUGCGUCAACUUGUUGUCUGUAGAAAAUGUUCAGCAAUAAACAUUUUAAACUAAGAGUUAAAGAUGCCGGAGAUCCAGUUGGGUUGUCACACGGUUAGGUCCCAUGGAAUCAAAGUGGCAAGAGUACACAUGCAUGACUGGUUGAUCCUCUUUCUUCUUGUGGUAAUGGUGAUUAUAUUGAACGUCAUAGAGCCAUUUCAUCGUUUUGUUGGAGAGGAGAUGAUGACAGACCUGAGGUACCCUCUGCAGGAUAAUACUGUUCCCAUCUGGGCUGUUCCGAUUAUCGCAAUAUUGCUGCCGUUUGUUGUAAUUCUCAUCUACUACUUCAUCAGAAAGGAUGUUUAUGACCUGCACCAUGCCUUAUUGGGUCUUCUAUAUUCUGUGCUUAUCACUGCAGUUAUAACUGAAGCAAUCAAAAAUGCUGUUGGCCGACCUCGACCAGAUUUUUUCUGGCGUUGUUUUCCUGAUGGUAAAGGGGUGUUUGACCCUGUCACACUGGAUGUGAAUUGUACUGGAGAUAAGACUGUCAUCAAAGAAGGAUAUAAAAGUUUUCCAAGCGGGCAUACCUCAGGGUGCUUUGCUGGACUGGGUUUUCUUGCAUUGUACUUGUCAGGGAAAAUCAGGGUGUUCGAUCGUCAAGGCCAUGUUGCGAAGCUUUGUAUUGUUUUCCUCCCAUUACUUGCAGCAGCUCUUGUAGGAAUUUCUCGAGUUGACGACUAUUGGCAUCAUUGGCAAGAUGUAUUUGCUGGGGCUCUUCUAGGGACAAUCGUUGCUUCAUUUUGCUAUUUGCAGUUCUUUCCGCCUCCAUAUGAUAUAGAUGGUUGGGGGCCUCAUGCUUACUUUCAGAUGUUGGCAGAAUCUCGGAAUGGCCUUCAGUCAUCAACAAGCACAAACCAUCUGAUGGUACAGCACUCGGAGCUCGAGAGUGUUCAUAUUGAUUCGCAACGUGGAAUGGAAACUUCAAGUGGCAACAUUAGGGAUACGAGCCCCAUAUUACACGAGGUGCAGAACAAUCGGAGACACUGAGUUUGGGCUUCAAAUUCAAGUACAUGUGGAAUCUUUUAGCUUUCAUCAGUACAUAUGGAAAAGUACCAAACGAAAAGGAAAUGUUGGUUCUCUAGUUCUUUUGGAUGUCUGGUGUUGCAUGGUGUAAUUUUGGAUUGCUAGGUUCUGGCUGUCUUCUAAUCUGGUAGCUUUUGAAUCAAGUGUCUGUUGAAAGGCAUCAUCUUGGGGUCAAUGUAUCUUGCCCAGUCGUAGGAAUGCAAAUGAGGGAUGUUAAUGUCAAA